CUCCCCCUGCCGCCUUCCUCUUUGACCCCGGACGUUGUUCAACAAAAACAAGAAAUGGCGGCAAAUCGCGAAGGGAAGAAGCGAGGCCUUGACGAGGCGGGCGACGAGGGGAAGCGGGCGGUGGAGGACGAGGAGGAGGAUGAUGAGGAGGAGGAUGAAGAAGAGGAGGAGGAUGCGGUGCUGUCCAUGAUGGAGGUGAUGCAGCAGAACGAGGAUCUGGAGAGCGAGGCCGAUGCGGUGCUGGGCGCCAGCGACUCGGACCUAUGCUCAUAUGCGAAGGGCUACGUGAGCCGCCAGGCGCUGUAUGCGUGCAGCUCCUGCACGCCACGUGGCGGGGAGCCGGCCGCGAUCUGCCUGGCGUGCAGCUACACGUGCCACGAGGGUCACGACCUGUACGAGCUCUACACCAAGAGAAAUUUCCGCUGUGACUGCGGCAACGCUCGAUUCCCUGGCGUUGCCUGCAAACUUCUGCCCGACAAAGAGGCAUCGAAUCCCGGCAACAAAUACAACCACAACUUCUUUGGGUUGUACUGCACCUGCAAGAAGCCCUACCCUGAUCCGGACGACAAGACUCCUGAUGAAAUGAUCCAGUGCAUCAUAUGCGAGGACUGGUUACACGGGCGGCACCUGGGCGUGGAGGCGCCGGAGAGCGUGGAGUACCACGAGAUGGUGUGCGGGGGCUGCAUGGCGCGCUGCUCCUUCCUGUGGGCCUACGCCGUCCCGUCCGCAGUGGUGAAGCUCGUCAACGAGGAACACGAAGGCUCGCUGGUCGUCGACGAUUCCCCGCGCAGGUCCCGCGCCGAGGUGACCUCGAGCGGGACCGCCCGCGAAGACGGCGUCAAGCCGUCGCCCGGCGACGAAGACGGUAGCGAGGAGAGCGAGGCGCCGGUGGUGCCAAAGGAGGAACCUCGCGACGGCGCCCCGACGCCCAGGGAGAACGGGGCCGGCGCGGCAGAGCAACGUUCCCCCUGCCUGCUGACGGAGCUGCGCGCCGGGGCGGUCGCCGCUGCCCAGCUGCCCGGCGGCACCGCCACGUUCUGGCCGCAGCAGUGGCGCUGCAAGCUGUGCUCUUGCGCGUCGUGCCAGGCGAUGUACGACGAGCUGGGCGUGCGCUUUCUCCUGGACGAGGCGGACACGGUGCAGGCCUACGAGGCGCGCGGGAAGCUCGGGGCGGACAGCGUCGGAGGAGGAGGGGGCAGGGCGGCCGGGUCCAGCGCGGGGGGCGCGGACCCACUCAUGGCGGCGCUGGGCACCAUGAACCGCGUGCAGCAAGUGGAGCUCAUCAGCGAGUACAACGACCUGAAGACGGAGCUCAUGGACUACCUGAAGCACUUCGCCGACGAGGGGAAGGUGGUGAAGAAAGAGGACAUCACGGAGUUUUUCCAGAGCAUGCAGUCUCGCAAGCGACGGAGGAGCGAGAGCAACCACAUGGUGUACCACUGCAAAUGAAGACUCCAUUAAGCCCCCGGCGCGCGCACCGUAACCGCGCUCGCGUACGCGCAAGUCAGCCAGCCGGCGAGCCAGCCAGCGAGGCAGCCAAGGAGCCAGCCAACUGGCGAACCAGCCGGCCGGCCAGUUUGCCAGCUGGCAAGUUUGCCGGCCGGAGAGCCUGCGGGCUAGAGAGCCUGUGGGCUAGCGAGCCUUCCGGCCGUCAAGCUUGCCGGCCGGCUAGCCUACCGGCAAGCGGGCCAUCAAGCCGGCGGAGCCAGCUGGCCAGCACUUUCUCCGCUCAUCCCGCUCGUGUCACGCGUCAGAGGCCGAUUCUCUUAGAGCCGGUGCUCCGACAACGUGCGUUCCGGUCGUGCGGCGUGCCGUUCCACGCGGUGUCCCAAUAUUUUGGCCCACUCGCUUGGGAGUUCCCGAAGAAGCUCGCGGCGCGCGGAGGGCAAAAGAAACGCACACGAGAGAGCGCAGUACGGCCCAACCGCGAAGAUCUAAGCGGCCGGGCGCUUGUUUAGCUGGUCGCGUGAACUCGCGAAUCAUUUACCUGCGUUCGGGGAAGCGCUUCCGCUAACAUUGGGAUGCGAAUUAAGGAGUCUGCGGAGUUGUUUUGUAAAAAAAAAAAUUUCACACUGCCAUUCGCCCAUACGGAUACGAGGCUUAAGAUUUCUCAUCUCUUCGUCCGCUCUCUUGAGUUUCCGCUAAGAUGAUUAAAGUUUUUUUUAGGUUUUUUUCACAGCGAUCGUACGAUGUUCAUGUGCGAACGUUAAUCUGUUACGCUCUUAAAUGUGCUUCUGCUGCGUGAUGUCGAAAACAAGCACAGAACGUGAAUUUGUAUAGCGAGCCUCGGCGAGUGAUGGCGAUCCGCCAAUUAGGUGGUCGUUUCCAUCGAAAGAGGAGAUUCUUUUUUCACAUCCCCGCUCAAUCUCGCACACGGUUUGUGCUGCGGGAAAAAUACGUCGGCUUGACAGCAAACUGAAAGGGUUGUGUUCCAGUUCAGCCGUUGGCGUGUCGGUAAAUAGCAGCGAGUGAUGCGAUCGCAUUUUUUCACAACGUAAUGCGCUUCAAGGGAUGCUUUCACGGCAACUACGUUAGGUAGGUCGCAUUCGUAGAGAAGCUACGCGAGUUUUUAAUAUUUUGUCACGAGCUUUGUUGGGGGUUUACCCCCCCCCGCCCGCUUAAGUUGCAUUGCUGCGCGAUUCUCUUAUCGCAAAGUUGCUCGGUCUGUCCAAAGUUUACGUGCGUUUUAAUGUGUGGCAGCACACGUUUGGACGUGAAGCUCACGCGGCCGCAUUGUUUUCACGUCGUCUGCCACGCAGCAGCCGCGCCGGGGUUUUUGCGGGCGUGACAUUUCCCAAUCGUGAAUGUGAUCCACCCGACACAAGCGUUUAUCGUUAGAGCUGCACCACCCGAACACAGACUUGUAGGUUGGCGCAACAACAGCACACGCUCGCUUCCGUUAUCAUUGCGUUAUGUUAUUCCCUUUCGAUUUGUAAUCUUAUUUGUCGUAAAUGUUUCUGGCUUUUUUUGCGAUUUGCGUCGGUGCUCGCGUUUGUUGUGGAGCGUCUGCGGUGCGAGUUUAGUGUAGGCCACGUGCACCAACGGACCAACUCCAACCCACCCACGUUGUGUCGGUAAUGCACGCAUGCAGGCACGGAGGACUGACGCGCGUGCCCCUAACCUGGUGUUCACGGGAAGAGUCGGUGCGCGAUUCCAAGUGGUGGCCAAGGUGGUUUCAGGGUGUCGGAGGCACCUGAGUCAACGGCACUGCUGAAGUCCUGGGUGUGAGUCCCCAUUUUUAAGUUGCCUGGAAUUUUAAUUGGUCCUCAAGCAUAGGAAGAGUUUAUGGGUCCCCCCAACCCGGUCACAAAUGACUGCACAAAAAUAUCCAUAAUUAUACAAAUUAUUCGGCACUUAAAAUUUGGCAAAAUUCGCCUGCAAGAAAAUAAACGAAAUUUCCCUUCUUGAACCUCUCCCGGGACACCAGUGUAAGAGAAUGGCCACUUGAUGGAUAAGGUUGCAGAAUUAACUGAAGUCUGCUCAAGGCCUCAUCCGUAACAGGGCCACAACUAUUAUGUUCCAUGUGAAGGGUGUUGGUCACGUGUCAAACCAAUUUUUUUUUACUAAUUCUCAAGAGCUGGAAUUUUAGGCAAAUGUAUUUGCAAAAACCAAAUUGUAAUGGUAGAGUCUAAGGAAAUGUACAUAGGUCGGGUGGGCCUUGCUGCUGCUGGCAUACCCCGUGGAGUUAAAGUGGUCAUGAGGAAAAAUGUGGCAUUGGAGUGUCAAAUGCAGACACUCGCCAGUAACGACAGGCGGGUGUCAAUGCUUUUUGCCGUACGUGUACUUUUCCACACGCUUCUGUUUGUGAGUAAAUGCAUUUUGAUUGCGUUAUUUGAGAGUUUUUCUUUUUUUUAAACAGGACAAGUGUUAUCUUUAGUGGUGUUUAAGAGUUUGCGUGCAUUUUUCUCCAUUGGAUUUAUGAUUACGUUGGAACCGAUGUCUAGUGAGCUAUAUGUUGCCUCAUGAUUCUUGUACAUGCGUGGUUAUUAACAUGCAGUUGAAAUAAAAUGUAACGCCUCGUCAAA